AAAGAAAAAGAAAACCCCGGUCACGAGAAGGAUAAUUCGUUCGAGUUUCUACCACCAGAUUGACUUUCUCUUCAUUUUUCAGAAAUAAUCAGCUCAUGGGAGAACUGAAAGAAGAAACAGAAAUCAACCAACCCACAGAACAAUCUCAUUCUUUUGUGGAAGUGAUUUGCAAAUGCACUGGCAAGACUUGGCGAUUUGCUGCUGGAACAGAGGCAAAAUUCGCGCUGAAAUUUAUCAAUGACAGUAGGAUUAAAUCUAUCUUGGCAAACCCACCCGUAGCCUAUAUUGAAGCUGUUAAAGAUGGGGAAGUGCCUGUCAUUUUUGGCCCCAACUCAAUUCUUGUGAAUUACGGGAAAGGAUGGAAAUUGCAGCCAGCCACUGAGACAACAACAGGUUUUUCAAGAGGGACGCCUGAUGAUUACGCAGCAGCGCAACCAGCUUUUGUUCCUCCGGUUUCAGACAACUCUCACUCUGCAAGGAGAAAAUCACAAGCUGCUGUCAGCCCUCUCUACAUCGGAAAGAUAUUGCUUGUAUUUUUUCUAAUGUUUUUGAUUGGUACCCUCUUCACCUUGUUCCUGGAAAACCUUCCACAGCUAGUACAAAAUCUUAAUAUGAGCUCAACCAUUGAAUAGCUUCUGAGAGAUGCAUAUAGCCUGUAUUUAAGCGCAGCUGCUUGUGUAGCAAAUGUGGAAUAUUUGCCUAUGGUAUAUCAUAUAUUGCCAAGCGCUUGUUGGACAAUUGUUUCUUA